AUGACGAAAGCCAAGCAGCUCGUUACCAACAGCCACGAUAUCGUCACCGAUAUGAUGGAAGGAAUCGCUCUCUCACAUCCCCAUCUCGUACUCGAACGUUCGCAGCGUGUGCUACUGCAUCGCGACUAUCGAAAAAUUCGGGAAGGCCAAGUGACCCUCGUCUCAGGGGGUGGUACUGGCCAUGAACCUGCCCAUGCUGGCUACAUUGGCACCGGAAUGCUCACGGCUGUGGUCUGUGGGGGGGUGUUCGCUUCACCCUCAACGCAGCAGGUGCUCACGGCUAUUCGGUUGGCUGGAGGACCGCACGGGUGCCUCGUUCUGGUCAAGAACUAUACUGGAGAUCGACUGAAUUUUGGUCUUGCGGUGGAACAAGCCAAGGCUGAAGGCAUCAAGUGUGACAUGGUUGUCAUUGGAGACGACGUGGCUGUUAUUCAAGCCAAUGCUGGACGUCGAGGGCUCUCUGGAACUGUGUUUGUACACAAGUUGGCAGGGGCGGCAGCUAAAGCAGGGGCAGAUCUAGCGGCGCUCGUGGAUAUAGUCAAUCACUUGAUGGAGACGAACAAGGUGGGUACAAUGGGUGUGGCCAUAAAGCCUUGUACACUACCAGGCCAGCAAGAUAGUUCAAGAGAGUGGGGAGACAAAGAAAUGGAGAUUGGCUUGGGUAUCCACGGCGAGCCAGGCGUGACCAAGUGCGAGCAACAGGACGUGCCAUUUCUGUGCAAAAUGCUGCUCGAGAAGAUCACGUCGGACCAAAUGUCAAUGGGACUGGCGCUUGGAGACGGAAGUAAAUGCGUGCUGAUGGUGAACAAUCUGGGAUCGACGGCGGCGAUGGAGCUUUACGUGGUGGCCAAGUAUGCAGUACAAGCGCUUCGAGCAAAGGGCAUUGAACCUGAGCGUGUGAUGGUUGGCUCCUUCAUGACGGCACUGGACAUGGCAGGUUUCUCACUUUCGCUCUGGAACUCGAAUGGUGAUGCUAAGAUGCUCGCGUUAUUCGAUGCACCCACGUCGGCACCGGCAUGGACGUACUCAACCUUUGGUCCCUCGCAGUCGACGAUCUCCGGGCCAUUCGUAGAAGCAGAAGCGCCCAUUCAGCCUCAAAUUACAUUUGUGCGCCCUGCUGAGCUCUCAGAAGAUGGACGUCUGCUUCAGAAGUGUAUCAUGGCUGUGUGUGAUACCUUGAUUGAACACGAGCCAGAACUUACAAGAUGGGAUACCAAGGUGGGCGAUGGAGAUUGCGGCUCAACAUUUAAGAAUGCAGCUGAAGCUAUCCUGACUGACUUGAGGGAUCACUACCCAUUGAAUGACGCUGCACAGACCUUGCGUGCACUUGCUGCGUCAAUAAGUCGAAGUGCUGGUGGCACCUCUGGUGUGCUUUAUGUGAUUUUCUUAACAGCUGGAUCACGACACCUCGACCAUUGUCAAAAGUAUGAUACUAAUGCGUGGAUCGGCGCCUUCCGCGCUGGAAUCACUGCGAUUGAAAAAUACGGCGGAGCUAAGGAGGGUUGUCGCACGAUGCUGGAUGCGCUUGUCCCAUCACUCCAAGCUCUUGACAGCUGUACCUUGGAGUCUGGUACUAUGCUUGCUAUCGCAGCUGCUGAAGCGGCUCAAGGAGGUGCCGAGGCCACGACUCUAAUUUCUACCACGAAGGCAUUCGGCCGUGCUGGAUACGUCGGUGAGGAGUUCGGUGUUGAUAUCCCUGAUCCUGGUGCCAAAGCUGCGGCAAUGUGGAUUCAGGCCGUCGCUGAUACGGUCAACUUGAGCUCAGCCUGA